CCCGCAGCCUCCCAUGUGACCUCCUCUGUAACUCCCACCAUUGUUUGUGAACUUCACAGAGAGGACUUCCACUUUCCAGCAUCAUGUUUGGGCUGCAUACCAUCAGUGCGCGCGGGCGGCGUGAAUGGUGGAACGGAACCUUUUCAUCCGCGGUUCCAGCAGCGUCUUCUUGGAUUCCUUUUUCUUCCUCUCGCUUAGCUGUGGAGUGUAUGUGAAUACAACCUGUGGAUUUUGGUGGUUUUACCAUGUAAUUUAAUGGGAUUUUAUGCUUUCUGACUGUUGGAGGCUGUGGUUUGGCUGCUUUUUACGCACUUUACGCACACGGUGAGAAUGGCGGAGGAAAUCCACAGCGACUCGUUCCCAGAUUUGAACGAACUGGAGAACAAAAUCGGAAGGAAAACGCCUGACAGUCUUCUGGCUUGGAUGAGGGAAGAGUGCGCGCAGGGAUGGAGAUCUGUCCAUCCGGCCAAAGGAAGCGACCCAACCUUCUGCCACGACCUAACAGACAAAAUAACCAACUUAAGACAAGAGUUGAGGUGGCUCCGCUCCACCGAUGUGAAGAUCCUGAAGCAGUUGGUGGCGGUCCACGAAGGCAUCGAGGCCAUGCGCUGGCUCAUGGAGGAGAGGGGCACCUCGACCAGUCGCUGCAGCAGCCUCACAGGAAGCCUGAGCAGCCUGGCAACCGUGGAGGAGCAUGGGCUCUCCAUGUCUCCCUGCAGGGAUUCUUUCAGAGACAGUGCGACAUUCCCUGAGGAUUUGUUUAAAACCUGGAGUGAAAAACCAGCGCACACCAAGAGUGUCGAUCCAGACCACUCGGAGCUCACCACAAAGGACAUAAGACCUCCAAGUCCACCCACCCCUAGGUCUACAGUCAUUCAUUCAGCAUCUGGACGUCCCGAUCAGUCAUCAGCCACAGCUGCUGGGCAGCCUAAAAAGACUAAAGGGAAUGCAGAGACCAUCAGAAGAGCUCUGCAGAGGUCGAUCAGAACACGAAAAGAACUAAAAGCAGAUUUAUUUGGUCCAAGUCAACAAUUAGAAGCUAAAAUAAAUCCAAUAGCAGAAACAUUCACAGCAGCUCAGAACGACACCAAAGACCACGAGGAGACCCCAGCUGUUGUUGAAAAUGUGCUACCAGGCUAUGACGCUCAGUGGUGUUGGGUGGAGUCUCAGGAUGAUGUCACAUUUUUAUGAUUUUACAAUUUUAGGUCUUUUUUGCUUUAAACCUUUCCAGUUUAAAAUAAAAUGUCUAUUAAUACAGAAGAACCUGAACUAUGAUACUGAGAGUGUAGUGUUAUUCUCACUAGUCCACUUGUUUGUGUCUCUCAUGUGUUUUUGUCUUUAUAGUACACAAAUCAUGGAAGAAAAUUAAAGGAUAAUCUUAAUUUAA